UGAGGUCAGGGUUCAUUCACAGAACCUGACAGGCCCGUAGUGUUUUUUCACUUGACAGCCUAUAUUAUAGUGUGUUAAGUUGUAUGCGUGGCAUUUCACUGAAAUCCUUAGUGCAGUACCGUCUACUUCUGAUCAAAUGUCGGAAAAACUUAUCUCUCGAAGUGCAAUACAGAGGGCGACCAAUGUGGCCUUCCAGAAGCACCAUGUGACCCGGGACAAGCGAGGGAAGGUCCUGGGAGCUAAGGGGGGGUUCCGGGGCUGUACCAUUUGGCUGACCGGUCUCUCAGGGGCCGGGAAGACAACCAUUUCCUUCGCCCUGGAAGAGUACUUGGUCAGCCAGGGAAUCCCUGCUUACAGUCUGGAUGGGGACAACAUCCGUACAGGGCUGAACAAGAACCUGGGGUUCACUCCCGAGGACCGCGAGGAGAACAUCCGACGUAUUUCUGAAGUUUCCAAGCUGUUUGCUGAUGGGGGUAUUGUCUGCAUCACUGCUUUCAUCAGUCCAUUCAAAAAGGAUCGUGAGCGAGCCCGGGAACUCCACGAGGCUGCUGGUCUGAAGUUCGUGGAGUGCUUUGUGGACACGCCCAUCGAGAUUUGUGAGGAACGAGAUGUCAAGGGAUUGUAUAAGAAGGCCAGAGCUGGAGAAAUCAAAGGAUUUACGGGAGUGGACCAGGCCUACGAGGCCCCUGAUGAUCCGGAGGUCCUGCUGAAGGCUGGCAAGGACACUGUGGACGAGUGUGUCCAGGACAUUAUCACCCACCUAGUGGACAUUGAGGUGGUACCGAGUGGGGCUGUACGCAAUGUGAGGGAGUUGUUUGUACCGGAGAACCGCAUUGAGGCCACCAAGGCGGAGGCUGAGCAACUUCCGGCCCUCAACAUUAACAAGCUUGACACAGAGUGGACCCAGGUUCUGUCUGAGGGGUGGGCCACACCCCUCAGUGGGUUUAUGAGGGAGAGAGAGUACUUACAAUGUCAACACUUUGGAUGUCUGUUAGAUGGUGGGGUCACCAACCAGUCGAUCCCCAUUGUCCUGCCGGUCUGUACCGAGGAUAAGGAACGGCUGGACGGCUGUGCUGCCCUCACCCUCAAGUACGAGAACAAGAGCAUAGCCAUCCUACGGAAUCCCGAGUUCUAUCCGCACAACAAGGAGGAGCGAUGCUGUCGACAGUUCGGCACCAGUAACAGAGGUCAUCCCUAUGUCAAGAUGAUAUAUGAAAGUGGGGACUGGUUGGUAGGAGGUGAUUUAGCAGUGAUAGAGAGAAUAAAAUGGAAUGAUGGACUGGAUGAAUACAGACUGACACCAAUGGAACUACGAAGCAAGUUUAGAGAAUUGAGAGCUGAUGCCGUUUUUGCUUUCCAACUACGCAAUCCUAUACACAAUGGGCAUGCACUGCUGAUGGCUGACACAAAGCGCAGACUGUUGGACAAGGGCUACAGUAAACCAGUAUUACUGCUCCACCCCCUAGGUGGGUGGACGAAGGAUGACGACGUACCGCUCCCAACUCGUAUGAAGCAGCACCAGGCAAUCCUAGAGGAGAAGGUCCUAGACCCCGACUCCACCGUUCUAGCUAUCUUCCCAUCCCCCAUGAUGUACGCAGGACCUACAGAGGUACAGUGGCAUGCCAAGGCCAGGAUGUCAACAGGGGCCAACUUCUACAUUGUGGGUCGUGACCCUGCGGGAAUGCCACAUCCGGAUGGUACCAGGGACUUAUUUGAUCACACACAUGGGGCGAAGGUUUUGACCAUGGCUCCAGGGCUAACCCAGUUAGAAAUCGUACCCUUCCGAGUAGCUGCAUACAACACUAAAUUGAGGCAAAUGGACUUCUACAAUCCAGAGCGCAAGGAAGACUACGACUUUAUAUCUGGAACACGCAUGCGUAAACUGGCGCGGGAGGGACAGAAUCCCCCAGACGGAUUCAUGGCCCCUAGAGCCUGGAAGGUCCUGGCAGAGUAUUACCAAUCCCUAAAAUAGUAACAGGAAGUGACAUCACAGACCAGUGGACCUGAUCAGAGGAGGACUGUUUCUUAUUUAUUUAUUUUUUUCAACUUUUAAGGACCAAGUUUAAACUUUUUAAAGGCAUUUUUUCAUAAACAUUUUGAACAAACUGCUGUUAAUGGCUGAGGACCAAUUUACAAACUCUGUUAUACUUCAGAUAGUUUAUACAUAAGAAAAUUUAAAACUAAUUUACUGUUUAUUGAUAUCACUGUUUUUGAAAUCAGUUGAGGUUUGUUUAUUUGACGUAUAUUUUAGUUCGUAUAUUUACAUUUUUACUAUAUUUUGUUAUUUGUUGAGAAUUUACAUCUACAAAUAUGUGUCUCCAUUAUAUGUUAUGUCACACAUCUCUACCUGUUUUGUAAGUGUCUUUACCUGGGGUGUCACCUGCUUCACCUGUUGUUUUACCUGUAGACAGGUGAGGUGCUGUAAUUGUGCAGCUGCUGUUCUGGUCCAUUGAUUUGUGUCACUUUGAAAUUAGUGGGAGUAGAAAAAUAAACGGAUUAAAUUUGAGGGAGCCAAAGGGAUUAAAGAACUUAAUAUAUACUAA